AUGCCGGAGGAAUUAGAAAAGUCUUCGCAAAGCCUGAUUAAUCGGGCGGUGGUUUAUUCUGAACCCGGAGAGUCGUUGGAAACGGCGGUGAUUGAUCUUCCUGUUCCGCACCCUGCUGAAGGAGAAGUUCUUGUUCGGCUAUAUUAUUCUGGUGUGUGCCAUACUGAUGUAUCGUUCUGCUUGAAUGCGCUUCCAGGACUUCCUGUUCCAACUCCCAAAGGCGUUGGAAUUGUCGUUGCUCAUGGCCCAGGGAUUACAUCGCCGCCAAUUGGCUCUCGUGUUGGCAUCAAGUAUGCAGCUGAUGCUUGUCUAACUUGCGAUAAUUGUAUCGAAGGUGCUGAAGCAUCCUGCCUGAACAUAAAAAUAUCAGGAUAUUUCACACCGGGGACGUUUCAGCAGUACUGUGUUGCGACAGCGAGAUAUGUUACUCCAAUUCCUGAGAAUCUUGACCUUGCCGCAGCGGCACCUCUCAUGUGUGGAGGCGUCACGGUUUAUACGGCAUUGAGAAAAGCUGGGCUUCGGCCCGGUGAUUGGGUUACCGUUUUUGGUGCUGGUGGGGGGUUGGGACAUCUUGGAAUUCAGUAUGCGAAAGCAAUGGGUGGCCGAGUCAUCGCGUUAGAUGUUGGCUCGAAGAAAGACUUCUGCCUGAGUCAAGGUGCAGACGAGUUUAUUGACGUUACUCAGUUUGGCGUGGACGAAGAUCUUGCCGCAAAGGUCAAGUCGCUCAGCAACGGUGGCGUUCCUGCCAAAACCGGGAACAGAGUCGAUGUCAAAGAAUGUCUUAAUCUUGCAGCAAGAGGCUUUAUCAAAUGCCAUUAUCAGAUACGGAAGAUGAGCGAAUUGACAAAUGUGUUUAAGGAUAUGCAGGCUGGUCUGGUUGAAGGUAGAGCGAUCCUCGACUUGGACGGAAUGUAA